AUGGAUUGUAGAUUGCAACGUUUUAUAGAGGAAGAUUUAACUAAAUUGAUAGAAGCAGCAUGGCUAAGAUGUUACAAAGGAUCUUUAGAUGACUUCAUUGUGGCUCCGCUAACUGAAUCUCUGUCACCGUCCUUCAUAUCUUGUAUUGACCCUGACUUACCCACGAUCGCCUACACCUUUGGAUUUCGGGGUAGGGUCAAAGGACCAGCUACCACGGCGGUAUUGUCGGCUUACUUAGCCACUAAGAAGAGAAAUGUCUUAUUGUUGGACUGGGAAGAGGAGGCUCAGAGCGGACUAUUGGGAUUGCCUUUGAGCUAUGCUUUAUAUGCUGUGCCUAAAGCAAUACAGAUAGGAAAGCAGAUGGGCGACGCCCUAGUGAGGCUGUCUGGUGCUGGGAUCAACAUGACGAGCAUUCACUUGGUAGGACACUCUCUUGGGGCUCACAUGAUGGGUUACGCUGGAAAACAAGCUAGAGAAAAGGGUUAUACAGUUGCAAGGAUAACUGGUUUGGACCCCGCACGAGCCCUCUUCGAAGGAACGCUAGCGCUUUACUCAGGGCUGGACCGGACCUGUGCUAGAUUCGUGGAUACGAUUCACAGCGACCCCGGUGGCUACGGAACCAGCUCUUCCAUUGCUACAGUUGACAUAUGGCCAAAUUACGAAGGCAAGAAAUCAACCCAGCCUGGAUGUGAUGAGGGAGAAUUUGAAAUGUUUAGCAGAGAAGAUCUAUGCAGCCACGACCGUUCGUGGAGGUUCUACGUUGAAACGAUUGGUUUACCUACUUCGUUCCCCGCAGCUUCGGCCCCGGAUUACGAAACGUGGGCGAAUGGUGGCGCGGAUACCAACCGGACCACAUACCUAGGAGAACUUACUAACACUCGGGCUCAAGGCAACUUUUACCUCGUCACAAAUCCAGUAUCUCCGUACGGCAAGAGACAAGAAGGACUGCAACCUAUCGCACAACAAGCGAGGGUAAAAAGAAGUUCUGUCGUCACUUAACUACUUUAGAUGAUAUUAUUACGAAAACAUUCUUGUAUUAACUAGAAUAGUGUACUAAGACUGUAUUAUUAAUAGACAUUGAUGAAGAGCGUUGAUUGGAAUUUAAUUUUGUGCAUUUUAAAAGCACAUAAAUCAAGGAAACUGUUGAUUCAAUUGUAUUUUAAUUUAACCUAAAAAUAGAAACAUACUUUCCAAACCAAUGUUUAUUUUGUAGUAACUUAGAAUGCUUUAACACAAUUUUGUUUGUUUUUUUUUUCUGUUAUUAAUUAGUUUUUCGUAUAUAGAAUACAAAAGUAGGUUAACGGUAAGUGAAUUUCGAGUAUUUGUGCAAAAAUACCAUGUUUAAAUGUAUGUGUGUUGUGAUGAUAAAAAAUUCUGUUAUGUUUUAAGUUAGGAAUAAAAUGAAGCUCUUUCUUUACUAAAUCUUUAUAUCGUUUAAUUACUAAAAAUAACUUUUCACUUCUAUAGAUAAUGAACAUAUUGUCGUAUUAUUUUUAAAUUGUCUCUGAAGAAAAGGUUAUUUUGAUCUGUACUUAUAAUACAUAUCGACGCUUGAAAGGCAAACAUGACUAAGCGACAAUGCGUGAACUUUACAGUAGACUAAUUUAAAGUUGUAAUACCUGAAAAUA